AUGACUUGGGUCCACACGUCCGAGGGCUUCCCUUUUAAGAUCAGAGCCCAGCUUUUUGGGGUGAUGAUGACGUUCGACCAGAUGGUCAGCCUUGGGCUAAGCAAGACUAGAGUCGUCCUGGACACAAAGGUGAAGGGAGUUCCGAAUCUGUUUUUCGCCAUUAUCUUUGGUAUAUCUACGAUUGGGAUAUUGGUGUGUUUGAAAUGUAUCAAAGAAACAAACAAUCAGUCUCUCGAAGAAAUCGAUCUGCUGAUGGGCAAGAAGGUGGAGGAAGUAGAAGCACGAGAUCAGGAACAAGUAGUUGGGGCGGGCAUCAUUAAUGUCGAGUUAGUUCCGUUAGCUGAGCCCACUGUGUAA